CCGCAUAAUAUCUUUUUAAUUAAAAAAAUAAAUUAUUAAAAGUACAAAAAACGAGCGGGAAAUUCAAAGUAAUUGAAACGCAACGCUAUUGGUCAUAUCGAAUGUGACGUAAAAGUCUAUAAUAACAGUGUGAACUGAUAUAGCAUUUGCUGUGUUUUUGUAAUCGAAUUAAGUUUAUUGUGGUUUCUAUACAUAUUUGGAGUUAUAUUGCAUUGUUUUGUAAGAAUAAACUCGUAGGAAAAUGACUGAUACCGGUUUUGUGAAGGCACAAUCAGAUAAUCUCCCCAAAAUUGAUGUGUUCAUGAUGUCAACAUUUUUUGCAUCUAAUCCCGAUUUUACGUCUGCUGAAAUCAAAGGAGUGAAAGCUACAAGAUCCGGACGAGAAUCAUAUGGUGACUCAGCCAUUGGAUAUGUUCAAGUUAAACGGGAGGGUGAUAUAAUAUGUAUUGUGAAAGCGCGAAUAACCCCUGAACACAACGUCCGCCAGAAGUGUUACACUGUAACAGCUACCUGUAAUGAGGCUGAAGAAACUGUCAUGUCUGUGCUGUGUGAAGACUGUGCAGCACAUAAAGGAGGCUGUAAACAUGCCAUAGCCUUUUUGGCUUGGCUACAUAGGCGUAGUGAAGACCCUCCAUCCACUAGUGUUGAUUGCUACUGGAAAAAGUCUAAGUUGUCCUCAGUGGGUCCAAGUCUUAAGUUUAUUAAGGCAAAGGAUAUUUGUAAUGCAACAAAGACACAGCCAAACCCUGCAUCAACACAGACUUCACAAGAAUCCUUUUUCAGUAUUGUAAAAACAUAUAGUAAGAAAGUUGGUGACACAGAGAAUCAACUCAUGAAAUAUUACAAAGAACCAAGCAAUUCAGAAAAGUUAUCAAUUCAUUAUUUAGUAAGUAUAACGCAGAAUAAACCGAAAACUGCCGAAGAGUUUAUUGAAUUUUGCAAGCAGAGAAGCUGCACUUGCAACUUCAGAACAAAGUGAGUGCCCUUUAUGGUAUGAGUUGCGAUAUGCAAGGAUCACUGCAUCAAAAGCACAUGAGGCUGCACACUGCAAGGUGUUGGAUGGAGCUUUAACCGAAGCCAUCAUGGGAGCAUCAAAACUAAAAGACACAGAUGCCAUGAAAAGAGGAAGAAUGUUAGAAAGUGAAGUCAAAUUAGAGGUAGAAAAAAAUAAUAAAAAAAAUAAACAAAUGUGGGAUUAUAUUGGAUCCACUACAUCCCAUUAUGGGUGCAUCACCUGAUGGGGAAACUGCUGAUUAUAGCAUUGAAAUUAAAUGCCCUUCAUCAGAAAAAUCUAUGAAUCAAUACAUUGGAAAAAAUAACACAAUAGCAGUAAAAU